AUGCCCGACAUGGCUGCUCGUCUAGCUCGCGGCCAUGUCAACAUGCCAGAUUUCGACGGGUUAACUAUCGAGAUACAGGCCGAGGAGGUUUGUUUCGAGGUAGCCGUCUACAACUUUCUGCGAUGGGAGACGGAGAUCUUGGCGUCUCGUCUGCUGUACCCUUGCGUACUGGUUCAGCACCAAGGGCCAAAACUUGUCAUUCCUCGGGACCUCAGUGGUCGUCAGCUGUUUGUCUUUGAGAGCUUUGAAGGGGAGAAUGAUGUUUGGACGGAUCUCACCCUUUUAAUAAGCUCCUACUUCUUGGCGACUGUUCGGAACGAAGGUGACAUGAUCGGAUGGGAGGAAGACGAGGAGACGGUCGGACACAUUGCUUUAGCGGCCAGGCAGUCUCAUUUGCGCGCAGUCCCGCCAAUACUCUAUUUGGCAUUCACAAAAUGA